AUGUUCGCCGCUCGAAACGCUUCAUCUCUUCUGCGUACUGCUGUUAAGCCAAUUGCAACACCCUCUCCUGCUCCCCUUCGCAACUUCUCCUCUUCUCGAACCAACAUGGGAAAGAUUCUCGCUGUACUGUACGAUGGUGGUAAGGCCGCCUCUGAGGAGCCUCGUCUCCUCGGUACCACUGAAAACGUACUGGGUCUCAGAGACUGGGCCAAGGAAAACGGACAUGAGCUGAUCGUGACUUCGGAUAAGGAAGGCGAAGGAUCUGAGUUCCAAAAGCACGUGAAGGACGCAGAGGUCCUGAUCACCACCCCCUUCCACCCCGGAUAUGCCACCAAGAAGAUCUUGGACUCGGCCAAGAACCUCAAGCUCGCCGUGACUGCUGGUGUCGGUUCGGACCACAUUGACCUCAAUGCUGCCAAUGAGCACAAGAUCACCGUCGCCGAGGUGUCGGGUUCCAACGUCGUGUCCGUAGCUGAGCACGUCAUGAUGACGAUCCUCAUCCUUGUCAGGAACUACAAUGUCGGCCACGAGCAGGCUGUCGGAGGCAAGUGGCAGGUUUCCGACAUCGCCCGAGAUGCCUACGACCUCGAGGGCAAGGUCGUUGGAACCAUCGGUGCCGGACGUAUUGGCUACCGUGUCUUGGAGCGAAUGGUUGCUUUCAACCCCAAGGAGCUCCUCUACUAUGACUACACUGCACUGCCCGACGAGGCCGCCAAGAAGGUCGGUGCAAGGCGAGUGGAGGAUUUGAAUGACUUCCUGGGACAGUGUGACGUCGUCACUGUCAACUGCCCACUUCACGAGGGAACUCGGGACCUGAUCAACAAGGACAACGUCGGCAAGAUGAAGAAGAACUCUUGGCUCGUGAACACCGCUCGAGGAGCCAUCUGCAACUCUGAAGCCGUCGCCGAGGCGGUCAACAGUGGCCACAUUCUGGGUUACGGAGGUGACGUGUGGGAGGUUCAGCCUUCGCCCGCCAGCCACCCUUGGAGAAAGAUGCUCGGGCCUCACGGCCGAGGUAACGCCAUGGUGCCCCACUACUCUGGAACCACCCUGGAUGCCCAGAAGCGAUACGCCGACGGAACUAUUGAGAUUAUUAAGAACUACUACGCUGGAAAGCCUCAGAAUCCAGCUAACCUCAUCGUGGAGAACGGCGAGUACGCUACGAAGGCAUACGGUCAGAGGAAGAAGGGUGUCGCCUCCUAG